UUUAGGGGGCAGAAAAGAUCAACCGAGUCUAAUUCCAGCCUUUGGCUGAUUCUCUUUGCAAACCAAUCUCAUCAUAUAUUCUCAAACCAUAUCAGCUUCCCCACCACACAAAACCAUAAACCAAAAACUCCAUUGAUUGAAGAAAAAGAGAGCAUCAUAUCAUCGUAUUCAUGGACACAGAACAAGAAGAGAUGCAGUUCAUGGGGCUCUACGGCGUCUACAGAGAAUCCUACAAGAUCAUAUUCGCAUGGAGCAAGGUCUUCAACAAGAUCACCUUAACCCUAAUCCUCCCUCUCUCCUUCAUCUUUCUCAUCCACAUCGAAGUCUCCAACAUCCUCUUCGGAAAAAUCCUCCACAACACCCAACAAAUGAUGGAAACCCCACAAGACACGCCCCAAUACCACAACCUCACCAACAUGCUCUCUUCCGAAUGGGCCAUUUUCAUUCUCUUCAAGCUCCUCUACUUCACCUUCCUCCUCAUCUUCUCCCUCUUAUCCACCUCAGCAGUGGUCUACACCGUGGCCUCAAUCUACACUUCACGAGAAGUCACUUUCUCCAAAGUCAUGAACGUUGUUCCCAAAGUAUGGAAAAGACUCAUGGUAACUUUUUUAUGCACCUUUGUGGCGUUUUUCGCCUACAACGUUAUGACACUCGUUGUUUUCGUUAUAUGGGCACUUGCAAUAGGACUAAGGAAUGGUGGGGUUGUGGUUUUGGUUGUGUUGGGGAUGUUGUAUUUCGCGGGGUUUGUGUACUUAACGGUGGUUUGGCAACUGGCGAGUGUGGUGACCGUGUUGGAGGAAGACACGUGCGGGGUAAGAGCAAUGAUGAAGACCAACGAGUUGAUAAAAGGGAGAAUAGGGUUGACCGUACUCAUAUUCUUGAAGCUCGUGAUUUCUUUUGGGUUGAUACAGUUUCUGUUCAAGAAAACGGUUGUACAAGGGUGGAAGUUGGGGUCUGUGGAUAGAACGAUUUAUGGGGUGGUGUGUUUGGUGCUGUUCUCUCAGUUGUACCUUUUCCAACUUGUUAUACAAACCGUGCUCUAUUUCGUUUGCAAGUCCUACCACCAUCAGAAUAUUGACAAAUCUGCUUUGUCGGAUCACCUUGAAGUGUAUCAUGGUGAGUAUGAGCCUUUGAAGGCUAAAGAUGUUCAGAUGGAAGAGUGCCAUGUUUGAUAGAUAUAGCAAAAUUCUGUGCAUAUCUAUCUGCUAUAGUUUCUUGGUGUCAUAAGAAAUAUGUUCCAAUGUUUGAAAUUAAAUCAAGCAGAUAUAUAUGUCAGAGUGCAUGCUGAAUACACAGGAUUAGUUAUCUGCAGAAUGUGCCUUAAUUAAUUUGCUUUUGCGCUACGUGUUAAUAAAUUCUUGUAGUUUUUAUUCACGCCCCAGUUUGUUAAUUACUUGUGAUAUUUUUUAUCA